AAAGUGCGCCCCGGUAUCCGCCCAUAUUCGCUUAAAGGAGGCCAACCUGAGCAGCUAGGCCGGACGCUGGAUCAAAUGGAAAGUUCAAUCGAUUAAUUUGCCCACUUUUCUCGCAUGUUCCCGCUUGCUUCUCAUACGAGGUAGACCGACUUACAUGCGGGCGUUUCGGUGUGAAAUAGGAAAUGCAGAGAUCGUGUGAAACGAGAGGAUUAUCAGCUUGACUUGUUUGGUCGCUACUUCGGACGCGGAACUCCACUCGCUAAAAGGUGAAUCAUGACAGAAUAUAAGCUGGUAGUGGUGGGAGCUGGUGGCGUUGGCAAGAGCGCACUUACCAUCCAGCUCAUCCAGAAUCACUUUGUGGAUGAAUAUGACCCCACCAUUGAGGACUCUUACAGAAAGCAGGUCGUGAUCGACGGAGAGACGUGUCUGCUGGACAUCCUGGACACUGCAGGUCAGGAGGAGUACAGCGCCAUGAGAGAUCAGUACAUGAGGACAGGGGAGGGCUUCCUCUGUGUCUUUGCCAUCAACAACACCAAGUCCUUCGAGGACAUUCACCACUAUAGAGAACAGAUUAAACGGGUGAAGGACUCUGAGGACGUCCCCAUGGUGUUGGUGGGGAACAAGUGUGACCUCCCGUCCCGGACAGUGGACACCAAGCAGGCUCAGGACUUAGCACGCAGCUACGGCAUUCCCUUUAUUGAGACCUCAGCCAAAACCAGACAGGGCGUUGACGAUGCCUUUUACACAUUAGUGCGAGAAAUCCGGAAGCAUAAGGAGAAGAUGAGCAAGGAGGGCAAAAAGAAGAAAAAGAAGUCCAAGACAAAGUGUACACUUAUGUGAAUAAUCACCCAUUUUCAAGACAGACUUAAAAAAAAAAAAAAAAAGAACUAUGUUGAACAGUUAAGGUAAUACAUUUUGUACAUUACACUAAAUUAUUAGCCUCUUUCUCAAUACCCACCAUACGGAAUACUAAACCUGACCCCGUUUUUUUUUUUUUCUGCCUUUUUGUUAUUUGCUACUUGGACACCAAUAAGCUUUAUUUUCAGUUUAGUGCCAGUUGCCCACAUGUGUUGGUCCAACAGCCUGUUUGAUUUUAUAGGACAAUGAUGCUGAUUUCGGUAAUUUUUAUAUAACCGCAAGAGCUGUGAGCUAAUUACAUCACCGCUCGUGUUUGACAAAUUAUUCAUGGUCUACCUAAAGUUGUCCCUCCCUUUGCUUAAAAGGUUGCGACCUGCAACAGUUCUGUAACGCCCUUUUAAGUUUGGGAUGCCAAAGAAUGAAUUUUCAUCCCGAUUCUCAAAAGAGAUCUGAAGAAAGGACCAACAUUCAGCCAGAUGAGAUCCAAAUGUCCCAGCCACUGUGUAAUUUCCCCAUCGCUAAUGACCUCUAGGUAUGACUUAGUUAUGUCACUGAUAUAAGUAUGCAUGCGAACUCCUACUCUUCUCCGAAUGUUUUAACACCCUAAUUAGCUAUUAAUUAAUUUGCAAUUUGUCAAUGCUUUGUACUGUGUGGGGAGUGAUUUCUUGCCUACAUGAGAUGUUUGUUUUUUUGUUUUUUUUUUCCCUUUAUGCAUGCAUUGUGUCCUAGAUGACAUGGGUAUUGCAAACUGCCUCUGGUUUGAUACAUUUAGCAGAGCUAACAACGAGGAACUCUGACCCCAGUGGACAUCACACAGUCUUGUUUUCAGGUUCAUAUAAAGUAACCAUUACUCCUUUUUUUCACGAGAGAUAUCAGCCAUUUUAGCUUGAUUAAUGACAAAUUAGAGAUCAAGAUUUUUACCUGUUUUGUGAUGAGAAAACAAGACUAGCAGCCAGGUUCUGUGUCGGCCAGAGUCGUUUAAUACUGCAGGGAUU